GUAGAAAGAGAAAAAAUGGCUGCAGCGUCUUGGCUGCAUGGUACAGGUGCUAUGCGACUAACAGAAGGUUUGAUGUCGCUUUUGAAGGAACAACGUCCGGAGUUUUUAGCCGAAGCGUUGGCCAACUACAGAGAACAUGGCGUGUUUUCCACACAGGGCACGAGCGAUGUUGCAGAUCUCGUGGGUUUUAGCAAUGCUAAGCUGAGCUCAAGCAAAACCAGGUUUGAGGGACUUUGCCUGCUCUCCAUGCUGGUUAAAGACAGCUCCAGUGAUCUGUUCCAGCAACACUGUCUUUCCUGGCUGCGCUUCCUGCAGCAGGUCAUACAGUCUCAGGCUCCAGUCCAGACUAUCCAACUUGCUGUGACCAUUCUGAAAGAUCUGCUGCAGUACUCUUGUCAGCUCGCAGAACUUGCCAGGGAGGUCAGCCUGAACUUCAUUCUCGGCAUUUUGACAUCUCUUCUAGGCCUCAAAACCGAGUGUGAGCUUGCAGCCAUGGAGGGGAUGAAGGCAUGUAUGAUUUAUUAUCCCAGAGCCUGUGGAUCCCUAAAGGACAAACUUGGAGUUUAUUUUCUCUCCAAAAUGGACAGCACAAACAGACAAACACUAGAGAUGGCCUGCCAGGGUUAUAGUCAUCUGCCCUGUCUGGGGGGUCUGUUGGACAAAGCAAUGGGUGCUGGUAGAGCUGAGGGCUGGACCAGUAAGAUUCACUGUCUCCUGGCCUCUGGCAAUAGCCUUCUGGCUCAGAUCUACCAAGGUUCAGAAACAGAUGAAGCUGUGCAGUAUGAAGGUCCUGGCAUGGAGCUAGCCUUUCCUUAUCUUGACCAAACAGAUCCACUGCUGCUGCUGCAGCUCCAACACAGAUAUACGGCUGUUUGUAUGACAAUUAAACACACACUCCGAGCGGAUCCUGCCUCAGCCGUCCAUCUGCCUGUCAGAUUGAUACUCAACAUGGUGUGCCGAGCACUCGCUGUCAACUCCAAGAGCAUAAACUUAACAGCUGAUGGAAGUUUAAGAUUGCUGAUCCUUCCCAGUAUUCACAUCAACAGUUUGGAGGUGCUGUCGGAGCUCAUUACAGAAGUGCGUAGUGGGAUGAUACAGUAUGCAGCUGUAAUCCAGAGGCUGUUUUCUCAAACCCUGACUGCAUGGACACCUCCACCUGACACCAGUGUAGGACAGCAGAGAGCUUACAGCUCGGUGAGAGUAACUGUGUACAGAACCCUAGAACUGUGGGUCAAGGUGGUUGGAGCUUCUUCUAGCAUCCUUCAGGGAGCCUCCAGCCAUGCAAGCCUCCUGUUUAACCACCUGCUUUCUGACAUCACACCAGAAGCAGAAUCUGUUAAGCUGAGGACAGGUCUGUCGGUUGACGUGGUUCCUGGGGGAAAACCGGGUCCUCGGAGGACAAAGCAGUUGGUCUUAGCAGAGACAGUUGGAUCAUCACUCCAGAGAAAAGGAGACCUUCUGUCCAAUCUGGACACAUGUCUGUCAGCCCUCAGAGCACUGAGACAAAUCAUACAGACUAGUGGAACGCUGCUAAAGGACAAUAUUCACAAGAGACUCCAUGAAGUUGUGUUGCCGCUUUGUGUGCGUCUCCAGCAGCAGCAGUCGAGCAGCAUGUCUGCAUGUGAACCUGCAGGAGGCAUCAGUGGACAGUACAGCAGCGCCCUUACUCGGCGAGAACUGUACAGAUUACUGCUGGCUCUGGUCCUGGUCCCAUCACCGUGUUGGCCUCCCCCUAUGACCUGCGCUGUGUCAAUCCUCAGCAACGGGCGCACCGAACGCAACCUCAAGGUUUCUACUUUCUGUGCUGAAGCACUUACCAUCUGUAACGCCAUCCUCCAUUCACGCAGUCCCUCCAUUGCCCUCCCUUUACCACCCCUCACCCUGAAACCCACCACCACAUCUUCGGUCCUUUCAUGUCAAGGGCCUGGCCCCAGACUAACUUUGCCAACCUUACUGGGUGGUCCUGCCCCCGGUCCUCCAUUCCCUACCCGUCAUUCUCUCAACCUGGGCUCCACUUCCCUGUUGGGCUCCUUGGAAAACCAUUUAUCCCUGAUUCCAGGGAUGCCAGGUCAGGCCCCAGCUCCAGGAGACUUGAUGUUGUCUCCACAGACACACCAUCAGGAUCCUGUUGCCCCCACAGAAGGGCAGCGCUCUGUGUUUGUCCGCUAUGACAAAGAGGAAGCGGAAGACGUGGAGAUAUCUCUUGCAAGUGACUCGGAUGACAGCGUGGUCAUUGUUCCUCCAGGGAUGCUCAACGCUGACAAUCAGCAGAAUGACUCGGCAACAAACUCGCAGAACGUGUUCUCCUCUGCACCAGGCAGCACCGGGGUCUCGUUACCGGGAGGAGACUCCGUCACCAUGGCUCCCACCACAGCAGCACCAACCACAGUAGAUGUAGCCUCUUUGCCCAAUGACUUGGCCACUUCUUCCAUUGCUCCCAUCAACUCCCUCCCUCCUUCCAGCGCCUCAGUGGUCUCACUGGUUCCAUCGCUAAACUCGAGCUCGUUCUCGGCCUCGCCCGGCGGUGGUGGACAAGGGGAGACGGGGGCUGGAAAGCCUCAACUCCAGCAGAUGCUGAUGCAGCCUUCUGCAGCACAUCAGCCCAGUACCGCCAGUCUGCCUCUCCAGAUGCACCAGCUGCAGAACCAGCUGACCCAGCAGGGUCGCCACCUUCACCAACACCCACCCACACCUGCCAACAACGAAGAGUCAGCUGUCAUCAACAUCAACAGUACUGACGAUGAAGAAGAGGAAGAUGAUGAGGACAUGGAAGAUGAUGAAGACCUUGAGGAAGAGGAGGAUGGGAUGGAUGAGGAAGAUGAAGAGGAAGAAGGGAGUGAAUUUUAUGAUGGGGAGGAGUUCGAGGAGUUUGAAGAGGAGGGUGAGGAGCUUGAAGAAGAAGAAGAGGAGGAGGAGGAAGACGAAGAUGGGGAUAUACCACCGCUGGAAGGAUCGGAGGACAAGUCUGAGGAGGUGGGCAUGGAGGAUGAUAAAGUGCUUCAGGCAGCGAUGGAGGAAGGGGAGGUGGAGGCAUAUAACGUGGAGGGAGAAGCAGAAGGAGGGAUAGAAGAGCUACAGACCAGCAGAACACUGUUCAGAGAAGACAGGAUGAAGAUACAGGAGGUGGAGAGCAUCGGAGUUCUGGAAGAAGCAAGAGAAGCAGAGAGGGAGGAGGAGAGCGAACAGAUGGAUGAUCCCACCAUGCCACAGAUCUUGUGUGUCACUGGUGGGGCCCUGGAAGAAAGGCUGGAGACUGCUGAAGAGGGUGGAGGUGAAAGAGGAGGCCUUCAGGAGGAGGCGAGCUUGUGGGAGCAAGAUGCCAAGGGGAACGAGGUGACGCCUGCCUCGGAGAAGCACACAGCCAAUCAGAGUCAGCAGGAGUCUGUAGCUGAAAAUGAAGAAGGCAGCGGGAGAAAUGAGCCGCCAUCCACUCAUCAGGAGGAAGAGCCAGCAACUGGAGAAAGAAAAGACUCUGCAGGUGAAGCUGAGGAAACCUCGGCUGGUGAGGAGGUUCAAGAGCCGGAGCAGACCGACGCAGAUCAAGGAAACCUAAAGGAAGCAGAUCAACAAGGAACUGAGAAAGAAACAGGAGAGGAGGAAGGAAAAGAAGACGGGGAGGAGGGUGAUGGAAAGGAGGAGAAGGGAAUGAAGAGAAAGAGAGAAGAUGAGGACACAGUGGAACAAGACGAGCAAAACACAGAGAAGAAAAAGAUGGAAGAUGAAGCCAUGGCCUCCAUGUUGGCAGAUUUUAACCCCUGUCCACCAGAUGAUGAAGAUGCCUCAGGACUGAACCGCUCCAGCACAUCUCCUCCUGAAGCGAUGUGAUGUGAAUCAUUGUGACAGACGUUAGAAAACUAUAACAUGAGUCACGUUUUUAUGUUGUAAUACCUCAAACAUAAAAUUAGAAGUCAUUCUUUGUUCUAAAUCUGGUCUUCUUUUUUAUGGUUAAUCAGUUUCACUGUGUUGCUGAUGUUAGGUAUGAUGGUGUUGAGUGGGAACCCAGUAACAGUGAAGGGAGCAGCAUCUCUUUGCAUUAACCUGGUGAACCUCCAGAAAUCUGUUACCCAGAACCUCUGAAUUCAUGCAGUUUGACGUUUGGAUGCAUCUUUAUUCUUCUUUGUUGUAUCUGUCAUCUGUGCUUUCUUAUUAAAGUUAAAAUAUUAUGUCAUGAGAAACUCACUACACCGUUUAUUCUGAGAUUUAUUUUCCAUAAUUUAA